AUGAAGACUUACUCCGCUGUUGCCGGAGCGUGCUUCAUGCUGGCUUACAUGUCUCCAGCGCAUGCCAUCGAGCGCAAGUUGAUUCUAGGUGGAGAGAUCAUCCCAGCAGGCACCAAGACUUACACGACUGGUAUUCGCCGAACUGCUAGCGGUAACAACGUCUGUGGUGGGACUCUGAUCUCUCCCACCCAUGUGAUCACCGCGUCACACUGUAGCAGCAGCUACGACAUUCGCUGGGUGUCCGUGGGCUCGCACUAUAUCAACGGAACAACCGACGGAGAGCAGAUCAAGGUCGUGUCCAUCAUGAACAAUCCCAACUACGAGUCUGGAGAGUUCCCAAACGACUACGCUAUUCUUGAAUUAGCGAAGCCUAGCUCCUUCACACCGGCAAGGCUUGCAGCCGGGGAUGACUCUGAUUUUGCUCCUGGCAAAACUGCAAUGAUGUUGGGAUGGGGUUACACCUCAGACAACGGCACGGUAUCCUACGAGCUUCGAGGCGUGGACCUCCCUCUGUGGGACGAUGAGAACUGCACCAAAAAAAUGGACACAGACAGCUCGAUGCUUUGUGCUGGCGGAAUCGCGAAUAAGGAUUCCUGUGAGCGGGAUUCAGGCGGUCCGCUGAUUCUUGAGACGAAUUCGCAAGACAUCCUAAUCGGCCUUUCGAGCUGGGGUCCGUCUCCCUGUGGCUUUGACGGCGCUCCUGGUGUGUACGCGCGCAUCUCACAUGCUCGCCAGUGGAUUGAUUCCAUUGUUAACGGGACCUGCCUUGCGUAG